AUGGUGAACAUAAAAACUUUUCUUUUGCUGUUGGGCUUAAUUGCUGCCAGCUCAGCAUUGCAGUUGCGUUCUGAAGAGCACAUCAAGAGACGUGAAGCAUUGUUGGCAAAUGUUGAUAAUUUUGCUGAACAAUUCAGAGUUGAAUAUGACAACUACACACAAUAUGGAGUCAGAUCAACUCAACUUGAAAGUAUGUUUAAGAUGAUGAAGCUUCCACCAAUUGUUGGAAGAGCAGAAAUUGAGGAAUUUCCACCAGAAGCUGCAAUUGUGUCAUGUCUUUUCUGUCGUACAACAAUCGGUACAAUCUUGCAAAGAUUCCGUGCUGGAGCCUCAAAGGAAAGUUUAAUGGACUUUGCAUUCGAUGCUUGUAUGCAAGUCACAACUUAUGGUGCUGUUGUUUGCCGUGGUGUGGUUGAUUUGAAUGCUGACUCAAUGUUCUUUAUUAUUGGCGAGCGUCCAUCCUUGACAGCUAAUCAGAUCUGUUCAGUCAUUCUUCAAGGUGAAUGUGGUGAUCCAGAUCCAGUUUUUGACUUUACUGUUAGUGUAUCAGCUGGUCCUGCAAUAACACAACACAAAUCAGGUUCAAUUCCAAGAAAUUCAAAUGAAAUUAAGAUUUUGCACUUCAGUGACCCUCAUUAUGAUCCAGCUUAUCUCGUCGGUGGAUAUGCCAACUGUCCAGAACCAACUUGCUGCCGUCGUGACCGUGGUAUUGCUGCAGAUCCUGCAGACAGAGCUGGACGUUGGGGAGAUUAUCGUGAUUGUGACUCUCCAUGGGAAGUUGUUGAAGAUGCAAUUCGUAGUGCACGCAGAGAUCAUCCUGAUGCAACUAUUGUGUACAUUACUGGAGAUUUUGUUGAUCAUGGUGUUUGGGAAACAACACAUGCUGGAAACAUCGCUAUCAUGGACAGAUUCUAUAACCUCGUAAGAUCAGUAUUCGCAGGUGUUGCAGUCUAUCCAGUCCUCGGAAAUCAUGAAGCUCAACCAACAAAUGUAUUUGCACCAACACACAUUACUGAUCCAGCUUUAUCAAUCCACUGGCUUUAUGAACAUGCAGCAACCGCAUGGGCUUCAUGGCUUCCAGCUGCAGCUUUGACAACAGUAAGAGCUGGAGGUUAUUAUACUGUUUUAAAUCGACCAGGCUUCAGAAUUGUGGCAUUGAAUAACAAUGAUUGUUACAUCUACAACUGGUGGAUCUUAUACUCAAGAAAUGAAGUUGCCGCACAACUCCAAUGGCUUCACAACACUCUUCUCGCUGCUGAAGCUGCAAAUGAAUACGUUCACAUUAUUCAUCAUAUUCCAAGUGGCGGUGGAAGCUGCUUGCGUUGGUGGUCAAGAGAAUAUCGUAGAAUCAUUGACAGAUUCCAUAGAAUCAUUAGUGGACAAUUCAUGGGACAUUCACAUCGUGAUGAAUUCAAUGUCUUCUAUGCUAGAAAUACAGAUUUUGCUGUUAACUAUGCAUGGAAUGGUGGAGCUACAACAACUUACAGUAACGUUAAUCCAAACUACAUCUUGUAUCAUGUUGAUAACCAAAUUUUCCAAGUAAAUGAAGCAGAUUCCUGGUAUUACAGCAUCACAGAAGCUAACAUCAAUCCAAACACACCACCAGUAUGGAGAAAACUCUUCUCAAUGAGAGCUGACUUUGGACUUCCAGAUCUUUCACCAGCUUCAUUGAAUAACUGGGUUACCAACACAUUGGCAAGAAACCGUGCAACUUUGAGACGCUACUUCGAAUAUAAAAUUUCAAUGGGAGAUCCCCUCAUGACUGCUCCAUGUGAUGACGAUUGCUUGAGAAACCAUCUUUGUGCUAUUGUUAUUAAUGAGUUCAAUGAACACCGCAAAUGUGAUCAAUUGAGACAACUUCCACUCGCUUAA